AUGGAAUGGAGGAAAGGUUUAGGAACUGUCCCGCCAAGGAAUAUGACGAAACAGUCGAGCGGUAGUGCAAGCGCAGUCUCGCUCGAGAGAACUGCUCCACCCGAAGGUGUUAUGCCAGAGCCCAACCGUUUGGCACCGUUAGGUGGUCGGGAUGUAUGCUGUGCUCGCCGCCCAGUUGCCGGUGACGCCUCGUCCAAGCGCCCUCCUCCGGCCGCGAUGCAGUCAGGUGCCCACGCGCACCCUCGCCCGGCAGCAGUAGCGGUGGAUGCUUUUUGCACCCUGAUGACCCGACGGGAAAUGCCGGACACGGUCGUCCGACAGGAAAUGCCAGACACGAUCGUCUGA